UUCUAUAUUAUGGUACAUUUGAUGCAAUUCGUAAUUUUCAUCGACCUUUCCAUUUUGUCAAGCACAUUCUUGUUUCCUAUUUUGCAUAAUUUAUCCAUAUUAUCGGAUUUGCUAUUCACAUUCCUGCUGAAAUGCAUGUCGAAACUGUGCCAACAAAUGAUGGCGUUACUUGCGAUUCAGAAGUUCACAAUAUACUUUUUUCCGGACACUGAGAGGCAUUUGAAAGUUACCGGGAAAAUGCUAAAAUAUGCGACGAUCAUUGUUCUGCUCUAUUACUUUUUGGAAUUGUUGUCAUAUCGUCUUAUUUUUGUCUAUGGUAGUAAGUCAGUUGCAGAAGUUAUCUACGAGGUAAAUACUGUACUUCUGGGUGUUGUCUCUCCAGUCUGUGCAGUCUUAUAUAUUCCGAUACUGAUCCACAUCAGAAAGUUUCGACACCUAUCAUCAGCUCAACUGAAUUCGCCCCAAAUUUACAUAUUCUGUCAGUUUUUUCUUGUUUUGGCGUUUAAAAUUGGUUGUAUCAUUCCUAUGUUCUUUAUGGAUGAGUUUAAACGUCUCCCGAUAAUAGAACUCACGGAUCUUUUGUAUUGCGCAUUUACACCUCUAAUUAUCCAAACUUCUUAUUUGAUGUGCAAUCGGCGGAACUUCAGAACAAUCUUGAAAUUGUGCACUUGCUGUCUGAAAUCGCACUUGACUCAGCCAUCAGAUCCCAGGCAGCUGCAAAUUUUUUCCACCCAAAUUAAUUGA